GCACAGUUUUCCCGUGUUAUACAAAAAGAAAUCGCACCAGAAAGGGUUGUAAAAGUUAGCACAAGCUCUGCUCUUUUUCAUACAGUCCAUACAACCGGGACCACAGCCUUCUUAUAAUGAUACGAAAUGUACUAACACAGUUUAUUAUGUUGCUCCCUUUUGUCGGGCAUUUGGGAGUUAGCGUAUAGCGCAAAAGAACAACCUGGCAUGCAAUACCACAAGCGGGCAAGUUGUGAACCGGUAUAGUCAACAGUAGCUAACCGCCUGUCUACGAUGUCAUUGUGGCGCGGAGGCGUGGCGAAUGUCACGUAUGCCUUGCAAGGAGGCUGCGCGAUGCUUGCUGGGCGUACCACCUCAACCCUGGUGGCACUGCCGACGCUACCGAAUAACGAACAGGACCUAAACGGUUGCGUUGUCGACUGCGUGGACUUUAGGCAGUCAUGCCAGGGGAUCUACGUGGCGGGCACCGUGUCGGGGCCUCCAGUCCAGCAGCUGCUGAACCCCAUCUUGGCUGCCAAGCGCUGCGCUGGUCCAUACCGCACGCGACAGGCCCCCUGUUCCGUCGGCCCGGGCAGUCUCUAUCGUCAAAUGGCCACAUACCGGCCUGCAAUCGCAGCAACUGUGCCCUCGCCCUUGCCCCCGUCUCGCACCAGUUCACCAGCAGCAGCCCUCCUUGGCGAUAGGACGCGGCUAGCUGUAGAGCUUCCUGGUAGGAGCGGCCCUCCAAGGGACACGCUAGCAGCCGGCUUUCCAGUGCAGCAGCAACUCCUUGCAGGGGCCUCCAGUGUGCAUGUGGUUCGCAGCCUGCAUGGCAUGGUGAGCGUCAUGACAGCCGCUGAGGCCGCCCGCGACUUGCUGGCAGCCAUCAAGGAGCCCGUGUCGUUUCCCAAGCUGGCGGCCAACCUGUCAAAGCACUACACUGCGGAACUGUUUGAUGCGCUGUCGGGGCUGGUGCAGUCCCAUAUGGACGAGCUGAGCGGAGCCGAGCUCAGUAACUUGCUAUGGGCAUAUGCCACCGUAAACCACCAGGACCCCAGCUUAGCCUCGUCCGUCGUGCAGUCCCUUAUUGGCCGGCUAUCUGAGCUAGGCCCUCUAGAACUCGCAAAUGCAUUGUGGGCUCUGUCCCGACUGCGGCUGUACGACGCACAGUUCGUGACCGCGGCGUCAGAGCGGGUGUGGGAUGCGCUGCCUGCCGCCUCGCCACGCCAGCUAACAGCCAUUUUGCAGGCGUACGCCUGGUUCCGGCAGCAGGACCCCCAGCUGGAGGACGACGAGGACCUCAUGCGCAGCAUUGCCAGCAAGCUGCGCGCGCAGGUGCCCGCAGCCAGCGCCGCCGAGCUAGCCCUGGCCAUGUCUAGCAUGGCCCGCCUGCGCAGGGCCGAUGAGGCCCUGCUGGCUGACGCCUGCGCUGCCCUGGAGCGUGGGGCCCCCAAAGCAGGUCUGCAGGUGCUGGCGGAGGCGGCCUGGGCCUGUGCCAUCCUGCAGCACCGGGAUGCGAGCCUCAUGGAGGCGGUUGCGGAGCGCGUUGCUGAGGCACUGCGGGUUGCGAGCGGCUUGGUGCCGGCACCCCCGGCAGUGGCGGCGGGGGUCAGCAGCUCGCUGCCACUGCCGCUGCGACCCAAGACGGGCGCCAAAGGAGCAACAGGCGCUUCUGCCGCCCAAUCGACGGCCGCACAGCAGCAAGCAAAGCAGCGAAAGGGAACGGGGGCGCAGGAAGUGGGUGGGGCCGCACGCCGCUCUGUAGAGGAGCAGCAGCAGCAGGUAUCGCUUGAGCCGGGGGUGGCUGCAGGUCCCCCAACUCGCUUCAGUGCACUGUGGCCUACACAGGUGGGACCCGGGGGGCACACCAGUCCCUACGGCCUCUACGACCGCUUCAACCCCUCGCUGCCGGACGAAUGGCAUGCCAGCACCUCAAGCGGCCUGUCAUUCGGAGUCCUGACGGGCAUUGUCCUGAGCAGCAUUGGAGCAGCUGAAACCUCGUCAGCGUCUGCAGCAGCCGACGCCGCGGCGCUGCUGGACGCUGACGUCAUCUCCAAGCUGCUGUGGUCGUUUGGCGUGCUGCACUGCUACAGCGGCCCGCUGUACACGUUGCUGUUCCGGCAGCUGCCGCGCGUGCACUACGAUCGGGCGAGCUGGUCGUCGCUGGCGCGCCUGAUGGGAGCACAGAUCAAGUCUUUUGAGCUGCAGGGGCCGGGGCAGGGCUACAGUCGGGUCAACCCGCUGGAGGCGGAGUCCGCGAACGCAUGGGCUCGGUUCAUGCGGGGUCGCCCCCCGGCGCACAAGCUACCCGACCACUUCCUGCCAGCCGCCUUUGUGGCUUUCCAUGCGGAGGCAGCUGGACGUGACCUCAGCUGGGCGGAUGGGGUGGCGCGGCCUUCUACGCCCGACCUAACGCAGCCGCAAGUACCGGGCCAGGCACUUAGCAGACUGGCGCUGCAGCAGGAGGUGGCGGCGGCGCUGCGGGGCAUGGGCUUGGAGCUGCGCGCCUCGGCUACCGUCGAUGGCUUGUUCCACCUGGAGCACACGACACUCAUCAACGGCCUGUCGAUCUGCCUCGAGGUCCUCGCAGCUGGCUGCUGCACCCUGGACGCCCCCUACCGACCCAUGGGUCCAGCAGCAGCCCGCCUGCAGUCGCUAGAGUUCCGCGGCUGGACUCCACUCGUGGUGCCUUUCCAUGAGUGGGCCGCGCUUGCAGCCGAGGACCGCCCUCCCGUGGCGGCGGAGCAGGCGACGGCGGAGGCGAGGAAGCUGUACUUGCGUCGCAAGCUGGAGGAGCUCAUUGGCGAGGAGCUGCCGCCGUUGCCGCUGAAACCAGUGAAGCGGCGAUCAGGCAAAUCCCGUUGAAGCCGACAACAACGACAACCCCGGGGCGUGCAUGAGGCCGACACCAGACAUAGUCGGGAAAGCAUGAAAGCUAGCAGUGAUGGCAUACGGCUAAGCGGCGGGGACCGGAUCCUGCCGGGACACUGGAUGUGCAGGGAGGCUGGUUGGUGCAUGCAGUUUGUUAGGGAAUGCGCUACCCAAAUUGGCAAAAGAGGGAUGUACCACGCUGAGCUUGUAAACUUUUAUCUACGCGUGCGGACUUGUCGUUGAAGGGCCACGUGAUGCAUGGGCUAAUGUAUCAACGUUGUGUGUGGCUUGUUAUGGAUUGUUCAUUGAUAACUUGGGGAGCCCUGUGGGAUGGGCUCCGUACUACGCCGGGUUCAGCUCCCGGCGACUGCUCGUGAGAAACUGGCUUGCUGACGCUGUGAUGGAGCUGGGAUUAGGGGGGCUCCGCUACUCAUUGGUUUCGUUGAAAGGUACGACGGCGAGGGUAAAAAGGCAGCCCCCCUCUCAGUUGCCGGCCAUUGCCGUACGGCUGGCACGGGCGUGGUGGCGCUUCAAGAGACGUCUGACUGUCCCCAGAGGGCGGGGAUUCCAGAGAGGCUUGCUUCCCCGACGUGCGAACGCUCUCCUCUCUCUCUUCGGCACACCCGUUUACAUUUACUUGUCG